GACAUAAUGGAAUCAAUCAAAAUUAUCGGACUUUUGGCCUUAAUCUCGCCCUCCUUGUGCCAAUACGGCGGCCAGGGCGGUGGAGAGGGCCAAUACCAAUACCAGGACAAUUACAACAGACAACCGCCGCCUCAAAUCCUCACCCACAAGCAAGCGUUGAACCACGACGGCAAUUUCAAAUACUUAUUCACGUCUGAAAACGGUCUCGCCCAAGGAGAAAGUAUCGCACCGGACGGCUCUCGCAAUGGGGGCUACUCGUACGUGGACCCCACCGGCCGCAAGAUCUCCGUCAAGUACACAGCAGGGAAAGAAGGCUUUAGAAUACUCGAAGCCGACCAUUUGCCCAAAGCGCCCCAACCCGUGCACCCCGUCCCUGGGGCCGGUAUUCCGGUGCAAGCGGGGCCCCAGAGCUUCGGGGCCUACGGCCGACAAGACGACGGUCAGUACAGGCCCGAGUUGUACACCAAACCGCAGCCCUAUACUGGGGGCUUCAUUCAGACUAGGUCGGCCUACCAGCCCCCGCCAGCUCCCAUCGCCUCGAAUAACAUCGGGGGUGGUUUGAAGGAACCGGAAUACAAUGAUGAGCCCGGGAAACCGCACAGUUUUGGCAACGGAUACGUGUUUGAAUUCGGAGGGUAG